CGGCCCUAACGCGGGCCGCGGUCAGGUACCACCCGGGCAGGCCACCUCCACCCGCCCGAGGCCCGACCUCCCAGCCAAGAGACCAGUGGGGGGCCCCGGGGACUAGAGCGGCGACCGUACCACAGGCCUAGGCAUCGCCGCGCAUGCGUACACCUGCCGGCGAGGGCUAGGGGCUGGGUUCUGGGGCUACACCCCAGCCCAGGCCGCGGGGCAGUGGCUGCCCUGCACAUGCGCAAUUCCGCUGGCGGGGACCCGGUGCGCUGCUCUGGGGCUACAUACUACUCAGACGCCGGCCCAGGCUGCACCACGCUGCGCAUGCGCGAGUCGUCUGUCACAUUAACUUUGUUCUAGAAGACAACUUUACAAGGAUCUAAAAGGAACAGGAUUAAAGAUGACUGAAUACUGAGCUCCAGAAAUUUAAAACAAUCAGGGACUGCCCAGGACUGUCCGUAUGGAAGAAGAACUUCCUCUUUUCUGUGGAUACAGUGGCAAGUUCUGGAGGCUAGAAGUCUGAAAUCAAUGCAUCAUCAGGGCAGUGCCCCCUCGAUGUCUUUCAGGAAGAAUCUUCUCAGCUUCUGGUGGUGGCCCUCAGCAAUCCUUGCUGCUCCUUGACUUCCAGAUACAUCACUGCAGUCCCUGUCUCUGUUGUCACCUGGCCUUCUUCCCUGUGUGUCACUGUGUGCCCUCUUGUCUUCUUAUAAAGAGAUUAGUCAUUGGACUUAGGGCCCACUCUAAUCCACUGUGACUCCAUCUUAACCCAUUACAUCUGCAAAGACCCUAUUUCCAAUCAAAGUCACCUUCUGAGGUUCUAGGUGGAUCUGGACUUGCAGGGGAAGCCAUUCAAGCCACUGCAGCACCUUUCUGGGCUUUCUUCAGGUUUCUCAUCUAUAAAAUGAUCUUUAGAGCUCCUUUUAGUCACAGCAUUCAAUAGUGCCAUGAAGAUUAUUUAGAAAAGAUAGAAACCUGAAAGCAAAGCUUUAUUUACAAGAAAAACACUGGUGGCUCUGCUUGUUUCUGCUCUAGGUCCAGUGGCCAUUGGGCUCCAUGCAUCCUAGCUCCCCUUUACUUACUGCAGUCUUUACUUUGGAUACAAGUUUAAGACUGUUGGCUGUGAUCAGAAGGAAACUUAAAAGUUUGAGGACUUAGUAACAGAGUUGUGUUUGAUGAUAUGGCUCAGGUGAAGUAGAAAUGGAGAGAGCUCUGGAGCUGAGAGCAGGGAUUCGGGCCCAGCUUUUGGAAUGGAGUUACAGAGGAUGGGAUGGAAAGAAGGGCUGUGAAUGAAGAAGUGAGUCACAGCCAUUCAAACAUUUACUUGUUCAUUUCACCAACACAAAGGUAUGUAUUGCAUUGUUAGCGCCAUUCAAGGGCUGGAUGACAUGGUAGUGAAAGAGACUGACUUGGUCUUUGUCCUCCUGAAGUGUACUCAGGAGUCUAUAAAGGUGGCCCCAGAGAAAUUCAUGGUAAUAAGGAUAGCAGAACCUUCUAAGUAAAUAGUGUGGACUUGAGAAGAGCAGAGUUGCUGACUUGUGCUCUCCUAAGGUGGAAAGGACAAGUAGGUGUUCAGAUCUGUAGAAGGUAAGUGGAUAGUCCACUCAGCUGUAUGCCAGAACACAUUCCCAGUAAGGUUGAUUUAAUAGCUGAUGGGAAAGAGAGGCCUUAGAAAAUCAUUGCUGCUUUAAAUCAUGUGUAAGUUUGUUGAUGUUGUGGGAAAUAGCAGACAUGCCAUUUGAUAGACAUUAUUGGCGGUUUAUGUAUCUUAUUAUAACCUUCCAAAUGUUUGCAAGUUGAAAAGUGUAUCAAUAAAAAAUGCCUCCAAAGUAGCAAACAAGUAAAAACUCUUUUCAAGCAAUUUUAUAAUGUGCUCUUAUGGAAGUGCAGGCUCUCACGAUCUUAAUGUAUGUUGUUAGGGGGUUAAUUGGGACCCUGCAACAUUUAUGUGUUGAAGUCUUAACAGCCAGUACCUCAGAGUGCAACUUAUUUGGAAAUGGGGUCAAUGCAGAUGUAGUUAGUUAAGAUGAGGUCAUUAGGGUGGACCUUAAUCCAAUAUAACUGGUGUCCUUAUAAAAAGGGGAAAUUUAGAUGCAGAGAUAGGCAGGGUGUUGGGGGAGAUGAUGUGAACAGAGGGAGAAGACAGCCAUCUACAAGCUGAGAAGCGAAGCCUGGAAGAGAUCCCUUCCUCACCGGCCUCAGAAGGCGCUAGCUAGCUGAUACCUCGAGUUUGGAUGUCUAGUUUCCAGAGCCGUAAGACAGUAAAUUUCUAUUGUUUAAGCCAUUUCUCUUGUCACUACUUUGUUACAGCUGCCUUAACAAACAAGUACACGUGUUUUCUGGGUGUUGCUUCCUGCCAGCUCCUAAACUUGCAUGAGGGAUGAGGAAACCCACCAGUUCCUCAAACUGAAGGUCAGCCAGUACAGGCUACUCUGUCAUCUUUGAAGAUGUUAGAUGUGGGAAAGUGGCCAAUUUUUUCCCUUUGUUCUGAGGAAGAACUGCAGUUAAUUCGUCAGGCUUGUGUCUUUGGCGGUGCUGGCAAUGAAGUUUUAUACACUACGGUAAAUGAUGAGAUUUUUGUGCUUGGCACAAACUGCUGUGGCUGUUUGGGGUUAGGUGACGUCCAGAGCACUAUUGAACCUCGGAGACUGGAUUCUUUAAGUGGCAAAAAAAUAGCCUGCCUCAGCUAUGGGAGUGGUCCACAUAUUGUCCUUGCAACAACAGAAGGAGAAGUCUUUACCUGGGGUCACAAUGCUUAUAGCCAGCUGGGCAAUGGGACAACUAACCAUGGUUUAGUGCCCUGUCAUAUCUCUACUAACUUGUCAAACAAACAAGUCAUUGAAGUGGCCUGUGGGUCUUACCAUUCUUUGGUGCUAACAUCUGAUGGAGAGGUAUUUGCCUGGGGUUAUAAUAACUCUGGGCAGGUAGGAUCUGGAUCAACAGUUAAUCAGCCAACCCCUCGAAGAGUCACUGGCUGCUUACAGAAUAAAGUAGUUGUGACCAUAGCAUGUGGGCAGAUGUGCUGCAUGGCGGUAGUGGACAGUGGAGAGGUCUACGUCUGGGGUUACAAUGGAAACGGGCAGCUCGGACUUGGCAACAGUGGCAACCAGCCAACCCCUUGCAGAGUGGCAGCUUUGCAAGGCAUCCGUGUCCAGCGGGUCGCCUGUGGCUAUGCACACACAUUAGUAUUAACAGAUGAAGGCCAAGUGUAUGCUUGGGGUGCCAAUUCUUAUGGGCAGUUGGGCACUGGCAAUAAAAGCAACCAGUCCUAUCCUACUCCUGUCACUGUGGAAAAGGACAGGAUUAUCGAGAUUGCAGCUUGUCACUCCACCCACACGUCUGCGGCCAAGACGCAGGGUGGGCACGUGUACAUGUGGGGCCAGUGCCGGGGCCAGUCCGUGAUCCUCCCUCACCUCACCCACUUCUCCUGCACCGACGACGUGUUUGCCUGCUUUGCUACUCCCGCCGUCACUUGGCGCCUCCUCUCCGUGGAACCUGACGACCACCUCACAGUGGCUGAGUCGCUGAAGAGGGAAUUUGACAACCCCGACACUGCAGACCUGAAGUUUCUGGUGGAUGGAAAGUACAUUUAUGCACAUAAAGUCCUUCUCAAGAUUCGAUGUGAGCAUUUUCGUUCAUCACUGGAAGAUAAUGAGGAUGAUAUUGUAGAAAUGAGUGAAUUUUCAUAUCCUGUUUACCGGGCCUUCCUGGAAUACCUGUACACAGACAGCAUCAGCCUUUCUCCUGAGGAGGCAGUAGGACUGCUAGACUUGGCGACAUUUUAUAGAGAAAAUCGUUUGAAAAAGCUCUGCCAACAAACUAUCAAGCAAGGCAUCUGCGAGGAGAAUGCCAUCGCUCUGCUCUCGGCUGCAGUAAAGUAUGACGCCCAGGAUUUAGAAGAAUUCUGCUUCAGGUUUUGCAUAAACCAUCUGACUGUAGUAACACAAACUUCAGGUUUUGCAGAAAUGGACCAUGAUCUCCUGAAGAACUUUAUCAGCAAAGCAAGCAGAGUUGGAGCCUUUAAAAAUUGAUCCCAUCUGCAAGAAAGGAGUUUUUGAGCCUUUCCAUUUCCCCUACAAAAGCCAGAGAUGAAUCACUUCCCUUUAAUUAAUAGUAUGUAUCAUGAGCCACAUUUGGCUGAGUACUUGUAUCUGUCAAAAGAACGAUGUUGGUGAGUGGUCUUCACCUGCCUAAAUCCAGAGUGUAUGUAGAAAGCAUUCAAUGUUCUGAUCAGAUGUGACUAAGUUCAAGGAAAAAAAAUUGAAAUAGUCUUAUUUACAAUUUCCUCUUUUGAGUCACUUAUGUUGGACACCUUUGGUACCCUGGUCUCAGUAUACGCUAUUCUGGCCCAAAUGUUCCAUUAUUCAGCUGGCUAAUACCACAUACAUAGCUUGAUAAGGAGUGCUGUCCUCACCACAUUUUCAGCAUUCAGCACAGUGCCUUGCAUAUAGUAGGCACUGAAUUUAUUAUAAAUCUUCAGUAUGUCCUGAGAACAACUUUUGUGGUGGAAUACUGGGGGAAGGAAUAACUUGCACAAAAUAAACUUAAAACAGCCUGUAAUUAUUGAGGUUCAUAUUCUUCUGGUAUGUCAUUCUGAGAAAUUGUAGCUAAUUUAGAGCAUUAUUUGGAAUUCACAAAAGGCCUUGGCAAUUAAAUUGUCAGAGGCCCAAGGGCUAAUUUUAAUUUUUUAUUUACUUGGAGUCAUUCAUUAAUUUCUCACAUGGGAUUAUGGAGUCUGAAGUAUUAUCUCUGAAUGAAAUUCCUGGGCUGAUCUGCCUUACAUAAUCACAUAAGGUCCUUUGCUUUUCUUUGUGUUAAGAGGGAUUUGCCUCUAAAUGAUAAUGACAAUGUGUUUUUCUUAUAGCUGACUUUCCUGUCACUAUGAAAUAGGUCUCUUAAGCUGGCACCAGUAUAACUAUAAAGUACUAGCUGAAAAGGAACUGAUAAUUACAUUUCAUGGACAGCAUUAACAAGAAUGAGAUAAACUUACACUUUUUAGAUCAAAACAAAUCACCUAAUUGCAAAAGAGAAACUGGAAUGGAACACAGUGUCAGAUUCUUCUAUUGUGUAUCUCACAAUAUCAUGUAAAGAAAACCCUUUUGGAAUUAAUUCUUGUUCUGAUGCCGAACUAUUUGAUAAUAAAGUGCUUAUUUGCAGAUAACAGAAGAAA